UGAGUGUGUGUGUGUGUGUGUGUGUGUGUGUGUGCAUUUGACGCUUUCAGAGUAACAAAGGUGCGAUCUGCUGUUUCUUUUUGUGGUUCAGACAUCUGUUUGCACGCUGAUGAUUUUUAUUUUAAUUAUUACUUCAGAAUUGCGUCCCACCAACAACUGCUUUCUUUUUAAGGUUUUAAAUUUUGUUAGCAACAGUAUUUCCUUCCUUCUGAUUCAAUGCACAAUGUCAAGCUGCCAAUCAGAUUUUAAUUCAGUUUUUUAACGUGUACAUGUCUCAUGUAUGAUUUAAUUUGACGUACAGCAGAAAUCAUUACAGUUUUUUAUACCUACAGCCAUUUGUGCCUUGAACACUGAGAUUAGCUUUAAAAAAUGCAGAAUCGAUGCACUAUAUCAGUGUCCAUGCCGUCUUUAAUCCUUUUUUAAAUGCUUGAAUGUCCUCAUACAUGCAAAACGCUAUAAUUUCAGUGGUGAAUGAAAUCAGUGCAAUGUUAAACUCAGGGCUGUUGAUCUUUCCUAGUGCUGUGAUUUAUGUGCAUCUAUUUCUUAUACUGUGCAAAAUGAAAAUAUCUCAGGUUUGUAUUUUUAUAUAAGCCUAUGUUUCUUAUGUAAAAUGAUGUGAAAUGCUGCACAUCUGUAUCGCUGCAACAUGUUAUGUGUUGAUUGUUUAUUAAAGUUUUACAGUUGUGCAGGCACAGUCAUGUUUUGUUUUUGUUCUUGUCUUUUGCAACGAUGACUUGUGGUUUUCUGUUUUGGUAGAGAUUUACCAAAACAGAAGUUUUUCCAGCUGUUAAGCGUACCCGUUUUGUUAUAACCUGCCCCUUACCUUUAUCUUCUGCUUGUCAGACUUGUCUGACUUCCUGACUGAACUUGCAAGUGAAGUACUUUUCUGAGCAAGAUCCUGUGUUGUGCAACGGUAAUGAAUCUGUAGUAAUGAAUCCGUAUUGUCACUAAAUAACAAUGUGUACAAACAGCAAAAUAGAUUAACAGCCAUGUAAUAUUUAUCCAAACUAAGGCUGGGACCUCUUUGUUUCUCUGUCUCUCUCUCUCUGCCCCUGGGGACACAUGUAGUGAUUCACCCUUUCCUAUGAAAUGGAGGAACUGAAACGUCUGUUAGGCACUCUGCAUUCGUUUCAUAAAUCCUCCCAUCACAUCCCUCCUCUGUGUCUCACUAAUCAACUUUUUUCAGUUUGUGUCACAAACAAGUUUAGCAGAGGGUAGCAGAGCAGCACAUCUCCAUAUUACUUCAGCCAUGGGCAAAGAGUGUCCCCCCGGCGAGAAGUUGGAAAACCUUCUGAAUUUAUGUUUCCCCAGCAAGACGGAAACAAGACCUGAACCUGAGCCAACAGCAGAGCCGUCCCUGGCUGAUGUGGUCCAGCUGAAUGCGAAGACCCCCCCAUCGGUGUCACUGAGUCAGUCAUCCAAGGUCGACUCAGUGAUGCUGCUGGGUCUGGCUCUGUGGAUCUUCGUGGUGCUGGCCACAGUGGGCUCCAUCUUGGCUCUGGCUCUUUGGUGUAUCAUAUACAAGCGACAGAACAGAAACAGCAACACUGCAGAGGAUGCAGAACUGCGUCAGGAGCCACGUCAUAAAGCAGAGCCAUCUGCCAAAAUCCAUCCACCACCCUCAGAGAGAAACAGCCAGGCAGACAUGUUGCUAAGGGCAGCAUGGGCCCCUUCACCCUGUCCUCACCUGCACCUCGGGAGCCAAACAGGCUCAAAUUGGGAGGAGGGCUCCACCGCUUGCAGGGACACCGCAAAGCAUGCUGGGACAGAAUGGACCCAAGGUCUGCCUGUCUGCAGCACAAUAAGGGAACACAGGAUCCCACUUCCUGCCACGGAGCUGGGUGGCACUGCAUUAGUCACAACUAAAACAGUGUAGGGUUGUGUUUGUGUGCGCAUGUGUGUUUUCAGUGUGGUGAAUUUCCUCCAUUUUUAAAUCCAAUUUUAGAUUUUUUUUUUUAAACCAGUUUUUAAAUUUUCUAUCCUGUUGUUAUACAAGUCUUAAUGGUGUAGAUUGGUGUCCAAUAAUAUUAUGUUAAACUGUUUGUAGUUUUGUGUACUUUCUGUACAAAAGUGCUGUUAAAAGACAAAAAAAACUGUGCUGAAUCUUGUGCCAAAUUUUUAAUAAAACA